AUGACGGGGUGGGGGCCAAGUCAGAAGAUUGGGGAUAACUGCAACAAUCACACAAUCGGGGUUGGUAGGGUGAUCUACAUUUACUUUCAAACAACUUCAUGUCUGUGCCCGUCGCACACUUCUGGAACGCUCGAUAAAAAUUACAUGGACUGGGAUGUCUGUUUAGGUUGGUUCACCGCUACGAGAGAAAUUACUUCAUGUCUAUCCUUCGCUUCGGCAUUCGAUGGUCCAAUAGUCAGUCUGGGGCUGAUGUCCAUCGAGAUAGAACUAAGCAAUUUGAGGGAGGGGUAUGUUGUACAGAGUAGACAUGUAGAAAAGGGGUGGGAGUGGCCUAUCAAACUGGCACUCUAUUUGGAUCUUCGGGACGGACUAAAAUGCCACAUGACUAGGGCAAGUUGUUGCGCAAAUCCGAGCCACGACAGGCACGAUCGAUCAAUGAUGCACAUCGAUCGAGCUCGAUCGAUCCAAGAGAGACUGGCAUUGCGUCAUCUAGCAUCCGCCUCUUUUAUCGGGGCGUUUUGUGGCCGAAGCCGGGACCCGUAA